GUUAAAUUUUUGUUGUUAUUCCAAGAUGUCUGAAUAAUUCGCAUAGUGUGACUAAUUUUCAAGAGAUAGAGACUUACCUACACUUUUUAAAUGGACUAUCUUUAGAUUCUGAAGGUUAACCUACCGGUUCAAAGUGGUUCGUCAUGAUCGGGAGGUUGUGUGUGUUUUCUCGGUUAGCUUGUCGGAGAGCUGUUUAUAUAUUCCGAGAGUUUUGUGCUGAGGCAGAACUCUUGGUAGAAGAUGGGAAUAAAUCAAGAAGUUGUAAACCUAUACGCCCUUUAUAUUUUGAUUUUCAAGCGUCUACACAACUGGAUCCUCGCGUCUUAGAUGCCAUGUUGCCGUUUUAUAUCAGUCAUUUUGGUAACCCUCAUUCACGCACACAUGAGUAUGGUUGGUAUUGCGAAGAAGCCAUUGAGAAAGCUAGAGAGAACGUAGCCAAUCAGAUAGGUGCUGACCAUAAAGAGAUCAUUUUCACCAGUGGUGCGACAGAAAGUAACAACUUAGCUGUAAAAGGUGUUGCUAAGUUUUACCACCCAAAGAAGAAGCAUAUUAUAACUACACAAAUCGAGCAUAAAUGUGUCUUGGAUUCCUGUAGAGUUUUGGAAAACAACGGGUUUGAUGUUACGUAUUUACCUGUUCAGAAAAACGGAAUUCUAGAUUUGGAGGUUCUGGAACGGUCUAUUAAGCCCGAAACGAGUUUAGUCUCUGUCAUAGCUGUUAAUAAUGAGAUAGGUGUCCUUCAGCCUAUCGAAGAAAUCGGAAGACUAUGUCGAAGUAAAGGGGUUUUCUUCCAUACUGAUGCUGCACAAGCUUUCGGAAAAGUGCCAAUUGACGUCAAUGCUAUGAAUAUUGAUCUCAUGUCCAUUAGUGGUCACAAGAUAUAUGGUCCCCAGGGGAUUGGUGCUCUCUACGUACGUCGUCGACCCAGGGUUCGAUUAGAAGCUCAGCAAAAUGGAGGUGGACAGGAACGUGGGUUAAGAUCUGGUACUCUUCCUACGGCCUUAGUUGUUGGCUUAGGUGAAGCAAGCCGUUUGGCCAGCGAGGAAAUGAAAUGUUAUUCAUUUUGUUUCUUUUAUUAGGCUGAGAUCUUGCUUUUCAAUAUCAGUUUUUCCAAUACCUUUUAAAGGUUUCUGUCACUCAGUUAAUUUAUCAUGAUUAACGUAAGUCACCCUAGUAUUGGUGAUACAAUUUCAUGUAAUUCUACCUAACACUAACACUGAGAUACUUUUGUAAAUGACUUUCGAAGUAUUAAUGAGAUUUUCAGACACCCCUCUUUAAGAUAGCUCCCAACCAAGGCCGUGUAUAACUAUUCAAGAUCAGUCAUAUUAUCCGGAAACAGUGAUUGUCAGCUUGAAAUAUCCAAAGUGGUUAAGGGUUUGAUGGAGUGUGAAAAGUGUUCAAUAAACCCACAACCUGAACAAAAACCAGUCCAUUUCCUGUGAAUCGGUUUUUGUUGCGUCCAGCACACUGGGAAGUGCAAUAAGAGACACACUUUUGGAAUCAUCUAUCAAAAAAUUCUACUUUAAUGUCUAUCACCUUUAUUUUCUAAGCUGUUUUUUUGGAAAUGUACACGAUAGUCGUCUCAUUUCAGAAUAACCUAGUACAGUUUGCCAUAUCUUCUAACUUAUCUGAAUGCUAUUUAAAUCAUAUGUUUUUUUGGGAUUUUAGUAGUUGAUGUUCCUUCCAAACUUUCGAUUCGUUAUAGAUAUCGAAAUUCACUGGAUAGUGAGCACAUGGAUAGAUUGAUCAAAAUUCGUCAUAACAUAGGACAGUUAAGAUGUCUUUUAAAUUGUUUCAUUUUGCUCUGUGUAGAUUUUCAAAGAAUGGUAGAGUGUUAUUGGGGCUCGUGCAUUCGGGUCAUCUAUUGUAGGAGCAGUUGUAUUCUAUCUAUUUAUUAUUUAUUUGAACACAUAAAUAUUGGUGCAAGAAUGCGCCAAAUAUGUAUGCGCCACACAAAACAUUGUUUUGUGCAGUUGUAUUCUCUAGUCCGAUUAUUGAUUUAUUCACCUAGAUUGCCUUUAUGGGACUAAUUACUUGUUAGUCAUCGACACAAUGAUCUUUCUUCGACUAUUUCCUCAAUGACAGUGAGAUAACAACCGAGAUGAAUAAUUAAAGCGUAUUGGUCUAGGAUACUGUUUUCUAUGCUCACUUGCCCGAUAGCUAGAAUAGAACAAGGUAGAUAAAUCACUGUAGAGUUCGAUUCAUAGCUCAAAGUAGCGUGAUAGCAUGCAUUAAUUUUCACUGCAGAUCAGCAUAAAUAAGGAAGCACAAUAUGUGCAUAACUACCCCUUAAGUGCGAUGGAACUAAGUAUUGGGUCCAUAAUUAUUUCGCCAUAAAUUUAGUAAGGUAAACAAAGGACUAUAACUGAUGUGCCACAUAAAAGCUUACAACCAGGAUAAUAUUAGGUACUAUCAUCCAAGCGCCUAAUAAUCAUGCAAUAAAAACAUAAACGAUAGUCCUUUAUAAGAGUCCCCAAAGUUCUACCUUCACAAUAUUCCCCUUAUUAUUAGCAGAAACAUGAAAUAUGUUCAUUGCAUACUUGAUCGAAGUUAGAAUAGUGGAAUAUAUAUCCCAAAAGAGUCUUCAUCCCUGCUCGCAAUCUUACCAUCAAUAACUAAUUUCAGUAUUAUGACUUGACCAGAAGUUGAUGCUUGCGCAUAUUAUAAUGUGCGCAACUCUGUUAACUAUCACAGUAUCAUAAAGUACGCAUUGGCAAUCCCAACGGACUGUCUUAUGUACAUUGUAAGCCUCAAGCUAGUACUACAAUAUUAUGUCUUUCCACUUAUUGUAUUUCAUAUCGUUCAUCCAGGUAAAUAACACUUAUUCUCGACUGGUCAUAAUAUGUAGUCCAGUUGACUUUGAGUCUUUCUAAAUUAUCACUAAUGCAGUAAUCUGACAUGUUUCUGGUCGUAAUUGGUUUCUUCUGUGCUGUAUAAGCUGUACAAUUAUGCAGUGUGGAUAGGUCAAUUUUAUUUUCUGUGUGAUAAUUCAUAUUAUUAUGGAUCGCAGCAAAUAUUAUGAUGUACUCAUUUGGUAUUUUUAUUCUUAUCCCAUGGGAUUGUAAGUGUAUAACUUUGUUUAGAGUCACAUGAACUCAUAGUAAUAAAACAUUAGGGAAAGUUUAACGAUAAUAAUAUGAAAUUGUUUUUAGGAUUAAAAACGUUAAUAUUAAUUGCAUGCGAUAUAAGUAGCACUGUUCAUGUCAUGUGAAGAAUACUCUAUUGAAUGGACUUUGUAAUCUAAUAUUAGUUAAACCUUUAGAUAACUUGUCCUACUCUGACUAAACAAUGCUCUAUUUCUGGAAGAACAUUUACGAAUGUAUCAGAGUGACAUAUUAAUAUUCACUUUUGCUUAAUUUUACCCAUCUUCCACCUGAAUAAUUAGUUCAGUGGCAGAACUGGAUAAUUUCUACUUUUUCUCAAUAGUAUUUUCUUAUGUCUGAAAUGAACAAUGUAAGUAGACGAGGUUAUGUCAACUCAACUAUAUUAACAAACACAAUUUUAUGUACAGCUUAUCAGUUGUCUUUUGAAAACAUUUCCAUCCAUAGUAAUUAGCUAUUUAACUUUUUAUCUGUUUUUCACUUAUUAACCUUUUUUGUACUGUGUUAUUAGUAACUAAAACCUGUCUUUUCGGAUAUCCAUCAUUUUUUCAAAACAUAAAUUCACUGAUACAAAGUUGUGCUUGCUUUUAAAAAUCAAUACAGGAUGAUUAUGAACAUGUUUCCAUG